AUGGUGUGUAUGAGGAUUUCAACAGAUGAUGAAAAUUUGAUCGAUGAUGCCAUUGUUGAUGUAAACCAUGAUGUGAAUAUUGAAGAACUGAGUCGUGCUAUUAGUGAGUACAUUAAGCAAAUAGAAAUAGUAGAGUUACCCCAAGAAAAAGAAAAUGAUAUAAAGAAAGUCAUGCAGCUUCAUGCGAAGGCAGCCAAAGAAAUAUUAAUUGUCAACAUGUGGAAGUUAGAUUUGCAUGGUCUUCAUGCAAUGGAGGCAGUUCAAGCUCUAGAGGCACACUUGAAGAUGAUUGAAUCUCAAGUUUCUACAUCAGCUAGGCAGAGACGAAGAUCAUUAUUGGUAAUAACAGGCAGAGGCAAUCACAGUCGGGGACAACCUGUCCUUCCAACAGUUAUUAGAAACUUUCUCAGUGAGAAUGGAUAUGACUAUGACGACUCAGGACCUGGGGCGAUCACAGUACGACCCAAGUUCAAUCCAAUUGCCAGUGAAUGUCUACCAGUCGAAUAUUUACGNAGAAUGGAUAUGACUAUGACGACUCAGGACCUGGGGCGAUCACAGUACGACCCAAGUGAAUGUCUGCCAGUCGAAUAUUUACAAGAGUGGAAUUAUUUUCCUCUCUUGCAAUUGCAUGGAUAUAUGGGAGACACCAGUUGUCUGGCGGUAUAG